GUGUCCCCGCUCGCUCGCCCACGCUCGCGCUGCCCCUGCCAGGGAUCGGGCCAGCCUGCAGAACAGGAUGUCCUUCCAGGGCAAGAAGAGCAUCCCCCGGAUCACGAGUGACCGCCUCCUGAUCAAAGGGGGGAAGAUUGUGAAUGACGACCAGUCCUUUUAUGCUGAUUUGUAUGUGGAAGACGGUUUGAUUAAACAAAUUGGAGAAAACCUCAUUGUCCCUGGGGGCAUCAAAACCAUUGAUGCCCAUGGCCUCAUGGUCCUGCCUGGUGGAGUCGAUGUCCACACGAGACUGCAGAUGCCUGUCCUGGGCAUGACCCCGGCUGAUGACUUCUGUCAAGGCACCAAGGCAGCCCUGGCAGGAGGGACCACCAUGAUACUGGACCACGUGUUCCCGGACACGGGGGUGAGCCUGCUGGCAGCCUACGAGCAGUGGCGGGAGUGGGCGGACAGCGCAGCCUGCUGUGACUACUCUCUGCAUGUGGACGUGCCCCGCUGGCACGAGAGCACCAAGGAGGAGUUGGAGGCCCUGGUUAGGGACAAGGGUGUGAACUCCUUCCUGGUCUUCAUGACAUAUAAGGACAGGUGCCAGUGUACUGACGGCCAGAUGUAUGAGAUCUUCAGCAUCAUCCGGGACCUGGGAGCGGUGGCCCAGGUGCAUGCAGAGAACGGGGACAUCGUGGAGGAGGAACAGAAGCGCCUGCUGGAGCGAGGUAUCACCGGCCCCGAGGGCCACGUGCUCAGCCACCCCGAGGAGGUGGAGGCCGAGGCUGUGUACCGAGCUGUCACCAUCGCCAAGCAGGCCAACUGCCCACUGUAUGUCACCAAGGUGAUGAGCAGGGGUGCGGCCGAUGUGGUCGCCCAAGCCAAGCGCAGGGGCUUGGUUGUGUUUGGGGAGCCCAUCGCUGCCAGCCUGGGUGCUGACGGCACACACUACUGGAGCAAGAACUGGGCGAAGGCUGCGGCAUUUGUCACCUCACCCCCUAUCAACCCGGACCCCACCACUGCAGACCACCUCACCUCCCUGCUAUCCAGUGGGGACCUCCAGGUGACGGGCAGUGCCCACUGCACCUUCACCACUGCCCAGAAGGCUGUUGGCAAAGAUAACUUCACGCUGAUCCCCGAGGGCACCAACGGUGUGGAGGAGCGAAUGUCUGUAGUCUGGGAAAAAUGCGUGGCCUCCGGGAAGAUGGAUGAGAAUGAAUUUGUUGCUGUGACCAGUACAAAUGCUGCCAAAAUCUUCAAUUUUUACCCAAGGAAGGGGCGAGUGGCUGUAGGCUCUGAUGCUGACCUGGUGAUCUGGAACCCCAGGGCCUCGAAGAUCAUCUCUGCCAAGAACCACAGCUCGAACGUGGAGUACAACAUUUUUGAAGGAUUCGAGUGCCGAGGAGCCCCCUCAGUGGUCAUAAGUCAGGGCAGAGUGGUGCUGGAGGACGGGAACCUGUUUGUCACUCCAGGGGCUGGCCGCUUCAUUCCUCGGAAAACAUUUCCAGACUUCGUCUAUAAGAGAAUAAAAGCUCGCAACAGGCUGGCAGAGAUCCACGGUGUGCCCCGGGGCCUCUACGAUGGGCCAGUCCAUGAAGUGAUGGUGCCUGCCAAGACAGGAGGUGGCACCCAGGCCCGCGCAUCCUGCCCAGGCAAGAUCUCCGUGCCACCCGUGCGCAACCUGCACCAGUCGGGAUUCAGCCUGUCUGGGUCUCAGGCUGAUGAUCACAUCGCCAGGCGCACAGCCCAGAAGAUCAUGGCACCCCCCGGUGGACGUUCCAACAUCACCUCUCUCUCUUAGACCUCUCUUGCCCCUCAAGCCAGUGGGGCAUUCCCACUGACGGGUGGUGUGGGGACCGUUGACCUCAGUUAGCUCUUUCCUUUGUAGAAGUUACUUUGAAAGGUGCUCAACCUUGCCUUCCCCUCCCCCUUAACAAAGCUCUCCUUUGGGGUCCCGGGUCCCACUGUGAGGAGCCCCUUCAAGAGGGCUGAAUUUGGGGAGAUCUCACUGCCAGGACGAGGAGCUAGAUGAGGCAGUGACAG